AUGGAAGUGUGGAGCAGUUCGGGGACAGAAGAGAGUGAAAGAGAGAGCUUUGCAAGUCAGGAUGAGGAAGAGGAUGAGGUGGAGGAGAAAGAGUUGGAGAUCACAGAGGGACUGUGCAGAGAACUGAUGCAAGUGUUGUGUUCAGAGAGAGUUGGCCAGGUCACUAAGACAUACCAUGACAUUGAGGCUGUCACUCAUCUUUUAGAGGAAAAAGAGCGUGACCUGGAGCUGGCGGCCAGAAUAGGCCAGUCUUUACUCAAGCAGAACAAAGCUUUGACUGAACGGAAUGAGCUGUUGGACGAGCAGCUAGAGAUGGCAAAGGAAGAGAUUGCCCAGCUACGUCACGAGCUUUCCAUGAGAGAUGAUUUACUCCACCUGUACGCCAGCACGGAGGAGCUCGAAGGAGUCACAGAAACACGCUCAUCAAUGAAACGCAAUGAGUCAUCCACUUCCCUCAGUAACUACAUCAACUAUGAUUUCCUGCAUCAGAAACUGAAGGGUCUAGAGGAGGAGAACCUCAAGCUACGGACAGAGGCCCAUGAACUGACCUCAGAGACCACCAGCUAUGAGGAACAGGAACAGCAGCUAAUGAUGGUGUGUGUGGAGGAGCUCUCAUCGGUGAAUAAGCAGGUAGUGGAGCUGUCUGAAGAGUUGGCGCGCAGGGUGGAAGAUUCUGUCAGGCAACAGGAGGAGAUCAGCUCAUUGCUGAGCCAGAUAGUUGACCUGCAACAGCGCUGUAAAAUGCUGUCCACUGAGAAUGAGGAACUAACCCAACAUCUGAAUGCCUCACGGGACAGCCAAUCACAACUGAGAUCUGAGCUCAGGGAUAUGCAGGAGAGGUACUCUGAGUGUGAGGACAUGCUACGCGAGGCCAGAGAAGACAUUAAAAACCUGCGCAAUAAGAGUGUGCCCAACAGCACAGUUCAGCGCUACAGCAGCACCCUGGCAGCAGUCUUCCCCAUGGACUCCCUUGCAGCGGAGAUCGAAGGCACGAUGCGCAAGGGCCUGGAUAGUCCCGCCCCUUCUGAGUACAAGAACCACCCAUGGCGCGUCUUUGAGACAGUGAAGGCGGCUAAUCAGGCUCGGCUUCGUUCUCGGUGUCACUCGCCGCUGGUUCCUGGCUCUGUGCACUCCAGCCAUACCAGCACCCCACGAACCAGCUAUUACGGCUCUGACAGCACUGGCUUUAACCUGUAUGAUAAACCUUCCACCAGCCCUGCUCCUACUGAUGAGCCUAGUGGCACAGAGUCUAAGCGCUUGGGCCAGCCAGGAACGCCAGGUGGGCAGGAUCUAGAGGCAGCUUUGCGUUCUCUCUCUGCCCGUCAGGCGUGCCAUGACUCAGACCGCCCGUUCUUCGACGUGGAGCGCGAACGCAAGCUCCAAGCCUUGGCCAGCAGCGGCAGCGGCAGCGGCAGUGGCAGUGGCAGCGCAGGCGGUUCUGCCGGCUUCCUAACGCCGAAUGACAGCCUUGCCUCCACUGGAACCAAUUACUCUGGCAGUUCCCAUCAUUCCUCCAGCUCCUCUGGAUCCCGCUCCUUUCUGCCAGACCGUCUACAGAUUGUCAAACCACUGGAGGGCUCUGUGACCUUACACCACUGGCAGCAGUUGGCCAAGCCAAACCUGGGUGGUAUUCUGCAUCCACGGCCAGGCGUCCUCACCAAAGAUUUCAGAGAGCUCGACAUUGAUUUUCAGCAUGUCUAUAGCCUCAACGACCUCGAGGAGGACGAACCUGACCUGUCCAGACUUGCCAUUUCAGCACAUGGCACCAUGGUCACUCCAUCUGGUCCCAACCUACCCCAGACCCCACCCACACAUACAAUCACUACCUGUCGGAUCCUCCACCCAUCCCUCCUUGCCUCUUUCUCCACCAGCCUUGACCCUCACAGCCUGUCCACUCGUGGGAGCUGUGAGCAUGUGAGGACAUCAUUGGACCCCCAGCAUGGUUAUUCAUCCACUGACCACGUCCACACCACUGCUAAGCCUCCCUCUUCCCUGGGCCUCCUCCGUCUCCUCAAGGAGCAAGGAAUCUCUGCAUCAACUCAACCAAACACCCAACCCAACCUCAGGUCCACCUCCGUCAGUGCUCCCAUGGAGCAGAAGAACAGUGGAGGUGCAGGAGAAGAACUGCAAAGAAACAUUUUCAGCUUCAACUUGGUUGAGAAGCUACGGAGUCUUGGCCUAAACAGAGUGGUUGCCAGAGGGUUUGUAAAACCAGACAGGCAGAGGAAAGAUUCAGAAUCUCCAACAAAACUCUGAGAGUUGGACCUUUUCACAAGAAUCAUCCUUUCUUCAUGUCUUUUAUUUGGGAUCAGUUCUCCAAGUUCCAUAUUCAUGAGUGGCAGCCUUCUUCAAUCCACAGAGCCAUAUUGACUUUGCAUUGCUGUAGUUUCUGAAGCAGUGGAUGAGGCAAUGGCC